AAAAUGGGAGAACUGACUUGUAUUCGAAAUCCUUAUCCUCUGCCGGAUAUAGUUCGUGAAGGAUUGUGGAUACGACGACCUGUGCUAGGUAAUAAAGUUUCGGCGAAGGAUAAAGACUGGAGUACCAAGUUAAAAGCUCACGAACGUCUCUUUGCACAUCAUACGCUAAAUAGUAUACGGAAAGAUCAUAGGCUUCUGAGGCCGCAGGUACCAGGAGAUGCUCUUGAUUUAGCACUCACCACUGUGUAUGUUCACAGUAAAGACUCACUGGUGCCCAAAUCGUACAUCCCUAUGCAACCUGAAACGUUAGGAAAGAGAACUUGGCGCGUUUUAAAAAAUAAAAUCGAGAUUUACAAGGGUCCAGAAAUUCCCGACGAUGACGCAGACGAUCCUCUGGCGAUGUUUGUAAAGAAAACGGAGUGCUUCCGUGGCCCAUUGCCAGAGAGACGAGUCCAUCCGAGUAGCCUGAAAUUAAAUAUCACCGGACCUCAUUCGGUUCAAUCUAAUCCCGGAUACAGUCGUAAAAUCGACGGAACUUUUUACAGUAUUUAA